CGAAGUGCCGACCUCAACCACCAUCGCCGCAACUUCCGGAACAAAUUCACAACUUUCAACAUGGUUGCAAUCACCCUCAUCUCGGUCUCCUUGGCCGCUCUACUAUCUUGCGUAGGCGCACAGAAUAUCACAACUGGAGCACUUGGCAACGCUACAGUCGUCUCCAACAACCCCCCAGGAGUUGUCUAUGUCGCGAGUCUCCCAACCACGGAAUUUAACAAUCCCAAUGAUCCUCGUGGAAAUAUCAAGGGCUCAGUCGCUGCUACCGCAAACCCCAACGGCAUCGGUGUCUCUAUCUCCGUCUCGUUCUCCAACCUGCCGACCUCCGGAGGUCCAUUCCUGUACCAUAUUCAUGAUGCUCCAGUUCCAGCAGAUGGCAACUGCACCAGUACCUUAGGCCACCUUGACCCAUUCAUUCGCGGCGAGACUCCUGCUUGCGACGCAUCUCUUCCUCAGACCUGUCAAGUGGGCGAUCUCUCAGGAAAACAUGGCAAGAUCGAACAAGACCCCUUUGUCGCGACCUACACAGAAGAUUUUGCAACCACAGUCUCAGGUCUCGGAUCCUUCUUCGGCAACCGAUCCUUCGUCAUCCACUUCGCGAACAAGACCAGAAUCACAUGUGCCAACUUCGCUGUCGCUGGAUCGAUUCCUCCUCCUGCUAGCUCGAACUCGAGUUGCACAGCCAACUCGACUACAUCGAGCGGCGGUGCGGGUAGUUCGCCGACACCGACGACUGGGACAGGCGCUGCUCAGUUCACUGGAGCGGGAGCUAAGACUGUUGUACCGAUGGGCUCGUUGCUGGGCGCUGCUGCUGCUUUCGCGUUCUUCUUGUAG